UUACGCGGCGCUCACAGCUAUGGCGGCUUCAAAUAUGCGAAAGCUGACAUCCAUACCUACAGGUAUAAAGUGCACCUUUGUGGUUGUAUAUGCAGCAGCUAAAGAAGAGGAAUUAAAAACACAGCUAGUGAAACCAGAGCAGCUUCCCAUAUAUACUCCACCGCCUCUUCAAUAUAAAUAUGUUAAAGAGCAGCCUGGCCACUUACAAAUGGGUUUUACAUCCAUCCGUUCUACAACUGGUUCUUAUUUAGGCUGGUGCAAGGGUGUAUAUAUCUUUGUGAAAAGUCGCGUAUUGGAUACAGCAAAAUUUGGAAAAGAUGCAUAUGGCUAUCUGAAGAAUCCACCUCAAGAUUUUCUUUCAAAAACUGGAGUGAUUACAGUUUCAGGAUUGGCAGGAUUGAUUUUGGCGAGAAAAGGUUCUAGGCUUAAGAAGAUUGCUUACUCACUUGGACUGGCUACUUUAGGAACAACUGUUUGCUAUCCAGCUCAGUCAGUAAUAAUUGCAAAGGUGUCUGGAAAAAGAGCAUAUGAUAUAAGCCAGCAAAUAUAUGAAGCAGUUCAGUCAUUGUGGACAAAGAAAACCAGAAAUGAGUCUCUUCUUGAACCUCAGGAAAAAAACAAGAUAGAAAGUUCUGCUGAAAUGAAAAUGCCUGCAAAAACAAUUCAUGAUCCGAAACAUCCGGUAUCUUUGUCGCCAGAACUCAGCUCUAAGACCAAAACCAAACCAGAAACUACAUCAGGUUCUGCAAAGUUCAUGCCUGACUCCAAGCUCAUGGAUCAUGGACAGUCCUAUCCAGAAGAUGUUGAUAUGUACAGCACAAGACAAUAAAAUAGUCUAUAGAGAAAACACAAGCUCUAUGAAGUUGCAAGCCAUGAUGAAAGAUUAUAUAGUGGGUUACUGUAGUACUUAAAGUAUAACUUAAACCAAAAUGUCCCUUGCAUCUUCUAUAUGUAGUUUGUAUGAAUAAUCAAAUGAAUGAUUAAAACAAACUGAAUAAAAUUUAAGCAAUAUUAAAUAAUGAGAAGAGCAUACGUAUUCAGAUAUAGUUGAU